CGGGCCACACCUGCCAACCUUUCUGCAUACUUCACCCAGAACCCACAGCUGCAGAUCCACCUCCUCAUUGGUGACUUGUGUCUGGCAAGCACCUCUGUCAACUUAUCUGCUUUUGAGGGUGCUGGGGAAGCUCAUCCCAGAGUCACCCCUAAUAGUUGAAGGUGGCUAUUCACUGGUUCCUGUGGUAGCACACCCUGCUGAUAUUGAGGAGGGAAAGGAUCCAGUUCUUGGGAUAGUGGCAGAGUUGUCUAAGGUUCCAAGCAGUGAUUUGUCUGUGAGACAUCCCACUGAGAUGAUGAAGAUCAAGUCUGAGGGUCACAAUUCCAUGAACUCACCCAGUGAGGCAUCAAGCGAUGACAGUGACUCCGAGGUGGAGAGGCAGAGGCAGGUGUGCCACUCACAGUGGGGAAGUGUCCAUCAUAAUGAGAGCAAGCCAAGGGCUUCCUUCACUGGUGAAAUGCUAGAACAGAAGGAGCUGGCAAGUGAAAUUCACAAACAACGUCUGCAGCUCCUCUGUGCAGCUGCCAUUGAAGUAGAGACAUGGAAAGAGGACCAACAGGAGCUCUUCUGGAAGCAGUGGUGUGCAAGAGAGUCUGAGCUGCAGCAGCACUUGGCCGCAGAGUGGAGAGUGCGAGUUAAUACAAUAGAGGCCAACCUGCGCAACCAGUUAGCCAAAUGUGACACGCUGCAGAACCGACUAUCCUCAGCUCUGACCAAUCUGUCAGCCAGGGAGGUCAUUGUCAAAAACAGAGAACAAAAGCUGAAAUGGCUGGAAGAUGAGCUGGAGCAGCAGCGGCAGAUCUUGAAGGAACGCGACAAAAGCUCAACAGCAGGAGACAGAAGCAUGGCCGACAGUGAUGUGUGGGAGGAGCUUGUGCUGGAGAGAAAGAAGCGAAGAGCAUUGGAAAAGCAGAUUGAGGAGCUGAAAGGGAGGACUCUGCUGGCAGAGACAAAGUUACGAGAGGAGGAAAAAUUAUCAAAGGAAGCUUCCAACCUGCGCAAAGAAAAGGAGAAGCUGUCUGAACAGCUAGCAGCAGCAGUGAGCAGAAAGCAGUACUACAAACUGCAAUGGGUACGCUCAAUUAGCCAGCUGCACCAGCUCCAUGUCGCGCAGGCACAGGAUACACUUGCAAUCAAAUCUGAGGUUGUGAGUUCUUCUCCAGAACCAUUGUACCCUUCUCCUAGUAGAGCUGUUGAGAAUCUACCAGAGGAUAAUCUUGAGGACCAUGUGCUCUUCCUAGAGCCAACAAGAGAUGCCCGUGGCAACAAGGUCUCACCUAAGAAGAACCUUCAGGUGCAAAGGGCACCUAAAGCUGGUAAUGGAGUGGUUUCAGAAAAUGCUGGUAGACUGGGGCACAGAAGGCAGUAUGUGGAGGAUGACAAUUCACAGCCGAGGAGAAGAUCAAGCUCGAGUUCAAGGCUUAGUGCUGGGGAUGUUGAGAGAUCCCCCAGAACAAGGAGGAAACUAGGGUCAGGCAUGGAAAAUGAUAGUGAGGAGUUUCAAGAGCUUUCAGCAACCAGAAAAAGACCAAUGCAGGGCAGCCCCCAUAGAGGGAAACAAGAAAGGUGGGACCUACAUGAAGAAGAUAGAGAAAUGAUGGCAUCAGAUAAAGAGAGGAAAUUACCAAGAGCAGGGACAUUAAACACGAGUCUAGAACUGGAAAGGCUCAUGAGGGAAAGGGAAAGUAUGCUUGAGAUGAGCGAUUUCAAGCUGUAUGAAUCUCGCCUGCAAAACGUGGAGAAAAAAAUCAGAGAUGCUGUUGAAUUAUAAGGACCAAUCGGGGACAGCAGUAUUCACGUGAAAAUAAAAGAAAGGUCCCUUAAAUGCCUGGAAAUUCUCUGAAGGUUGUAAUCAGUUGUGCUGAUGGGAUAUGGACCCUUGCAUUGAGAGACUUGUUAUGCCUAAACAGAUCCUAGUGUAGGAAGCCCAAAAGUGGCAUAUGCACAAAUGUAAUGGAGGCUUAAGGGCAUAUUUCUUUUUUGUCUCAUAUAAGACAGCAACAGUGAUGAAAACCAGUGCAAUUUUGGGAUUCAUUUAGAUUUUGAAAAGAAGGAACCUUGAAGUUGAUUGAGAUAGAUUUAUGGCAUAAAAUAAUAACGGAAAGGUAUGAACUUGAAAGAUGGUUAAAUAUGAAACAGAAAUUUGUCAACAAAAUACAGAUUGUCAUGUUUUUCUGUGUUAAUUGCAUGAAAAAAAACUUCUGGGAAAUGCAAGAUCCUACUCCAUGUCACCUUCAUGAACUGAAUUUUCAUGAUAAGAACAAUGAGAGGCUUCCUUUAUGUUAGUGCCGAAACAAUAUCUUUUAUUCACAUUUUCGUAUUUCAGAUUUUUCCCAAGAAGGAAUAAUAUACAUUUUUUUCUGUGAACAUCAAAUGACACAUGAUUUUUCAACUCAAGUUCAUGUGUUAAUUAUUCAUAAGGGGGAAACACGUGUGUGUGUGUGUGUGUGUGUGUGUGUGUGUGUGUGUGUGUGUGUGUGUGUGUGUGUGUGUGUUUUUAUAUAUAUGU